AUGGCUGCUGCUACUACUACUACCAAAGCCCAAAAUAGCGCCCAGCCACAUCUGCCCAGCAUUAGCAUCGCUCCACCCCCCAUGGAACCUCCACUCCCUCCCCUCAACUCACAAGACCCAGAAAACUACUUGAAGCGAUGCUCGGGCUAUUGCAAAAAGACAAACUUGCGCUGCAGCGCCAGCAUCGGCAAAAAGGCUCAAAAGGACACGCGUCCUACAUACCUUCCCACAUGCGCUCUCCACCGCGAUCAACAAAGCCUUGCCGGGUGGUGUCAGUUCACCAGCUCGGAUGGCCGUAGGUGUGCAAGGCUGUUCCGAUGGAACCCCCCGCACUUUGAACUUUGCAACGAUCAUCAAGGCCAUCCUAGCACACCCUGUUAUUUCCUAAAACAGUUACCGCUCGAGCUUCGCCAUGAAGUAUACCGAUAUCUCAUACCCACCGAGCCCAUCGAUUCUUCCACUGCGGCUGUCCACGACCGCUCCAGCCAGGAACCUGACCAACGAGCAAGUCGCUUACCCGUCCUGAGUUACCCGAGCCCCAUGCGCGCAACACGCGUGCUCAGGUCAAAGUUUCCAAUGAGACUCUUGGACCUUCUCAGCGUCUCACGCCAAGUCCACGACGAAGUAAAAGACCGCCUGUUCAGCACAGUCACUUUCAAAAUCGACAUCCGCAAAGACGGCACAUUCAUGUGUGGACGCCGCCUGCUCGAGCCCAAACGAGCAGACGGCUCUUCGCAUUUCUUGUUCGAUGAGGCCGACCAUGCAAAGAGGAAAUUCCUCAAAUGUUUUGACUGGGCUUCCGCCAAAAACUACGCCGUUGACAUAUUACUCGAGAAUUGCCCUAUCGCAAACCCACAACAUGUACCCAGCACAGCCAACAUGACUAUGAGAUCUCGCUGGGAUGAAGAGGUGGAGAUUUACGACAUCAGAGAUUACAUCUCUGUAGUUGUCUCUGGUAUCCUGGCAAAGGCAAAGAAUCUCUACAAGCUCCAGGUCCGACUUUGCCUAGCCGACUUUGGUUGGCAUGAAGAGCAAACCCUCUCCAAUUCAAAGCUACUUUUCAGCCCGUUUGAACGACUACGAAAUGUACGCCAACCUACUCUUGGUGGCGUCUUCACUGGGAGGCCCAACAGCAAUUCCAUGUAUCCCAUCGAGCGCACAACUGGCCGGUAUCCCAUUGCACCUGGAACCGGAUGUGUACAAUCAGCACUACCCGCCUACUAUGAACUGUGCUCCGUGCCAUCUUUACCCACCGACAACCCAGUAUUGUUACCCGGCAUACCAGGAUUUGACGCCUAUGCCGCUGAAUGGAGGCGCCAGAUCUCUUCCAAGGGCAUUGCCAAUGUUUUACAAGAGCCACUCAUCCGCAAAAUGUUUACCGAGUUUCGCAACUUCUAUACUGAAUUCGCUAACCAUGUACCUGAUAUAACUUUGAAAAGCGGAAGGCACACAUUCCUGCACCGAGCUAGGGUAGCACGUGAGCAAGAAGAUGUCAUAGCGUUCAGAGCCAUCAGGGCAGAACUCCUGGAUUAUUGGACCAAACACUUGGAUGACCAAGAGCGGAAAAAACGUACCAUGGAAACACGCAUUGCCAAAUUCCUUGAAAGCGACACGUAUCCAUCACAUGUCUGGGAAGAGCCAAUUCCCGCACACUCACCAGACCCGUUGCCCACUCAAAUCCUAAGAUCUCCUGUCGCCUUGGACACUGAGAUCAUAGCCAGAGAUGGCAUACCCAUGACGGGUAAUAUGAUACGACGUAGCUGCCCCCCACCACCCUACCGGCAGAUGAACCAGCAGCCAGGACAGCAUAAUCCUUUUGUCAAUUCAAGGCUAAUAAACCAGACGACGGAACAAUAUGCUUCGAUGAAACGGCGACAGCUUCAACAAAGGUUCCUACAACAGCAAGCUCUGCAACAGCAGCUGAUCAGGCACCAAAUGCAGCUGGCACAAUUGGAACAAGAAGAGCAGUACUCGCCUGUUGACGUCAUGAACCAGCAACGAGACUAUUUGCUCAAGAGGAAAGCUGCAAAUGAGAUGAAUGAGAUAUAUCGACAGGCAAACUUUGGAAGUCAACAAGAUGAUGAUGAAACAAGUUUGCCGAGAAGAAAUUCAGAUUCUUCGCAUUCGUCGGAGGACGCCAUACCUCAUACUACGCCCUCAUACAACAAAUCAAACGCCACUAAGGGUUCCGGCGUUUACAUUGAAUUUCCUCAAACAAGUCAGCAGACAAAUAAUAUCGAGUCAUUUUCAUCAAUAGUUAGAGACAGAGAGCCCGGUCCAUCUACCAAAAGAUGCCGCACUGAUUCUGGGUACGAUAGUCAGCAUAGAUCCUUGCCCACUGAAGACAACAUAGAAGGGGUAGAGCGCCAGGGUCAAGCCAGGGCAACAUGGAGUGUCUCAAAUUUUGGGUAUGAUGCUGAUGCCAUGCAACAAUCAUUCACUGGCAAAGGAAAGGAGAGAUUAUGA